GAAGGUGAUGUGACUGACACACACAGGAUCUGCUGGAAACACAAGAAGAGUCAUCCACAACACAACACCAUACCGAUAAUGACGGGGUGACGGUGGUGGGAUGCGAGGAGGGGAAAAGAUAUUAUUCCGCCGGUAUAUAUUAACCUGAUUUAUACCAUGAGGAAAAGUGGAGCUACACGUGCAGACAGUGGGAAAUAAGACGACACGGUGCUGAAAAAUGAAGACACCUAUGCACCAUGGAAUAGCUGUGUUUCUCGUCAUCACUCUGUGCGCCAGCCUGUUCCUCGUCUACAACGGCGGUUUCCACGGUAGCACCAGUGAGAGCGGGAUGGCGGUUGCGGCGGGGGGGUCCAGAGACAGGAGCGAUGCCAGGAGAAGCUGGCAGACAGAGCAGCAGCAGAAAGCCUCAGUCAGACCAGCAGUCCUACAGGGAUACAGCAGCAUCAUCGACCACAAGCCUCUGAAAAUGCACUGCCAUAGCUGUGCGUUGGUGACCAGCUCCGGUCACCUGAUGGGUGGUGGUCGUGGCGAGGAGAUUGACCGGGCGGAGUGUGUGAUCCGUAUGAACGACGCCCCCACGGCGCUGGGGUACGGGCGAGACGUUGGGCGCCGCACCUCGCUACGUGUCAUCGCCCACUCCAGCAUGCAGAGGGUCCUACGGAGCCGUCACGAAUUGCUCAACGCAUCCCAGGACACAGUGUUUAUCUUCUGGGGGCCCAGUAAUUACAUGCGGCGGGAUGGGAAGGGUCUGGUCUACAACAACCUGAGGUUGAUGAACCAGGUGCUGCCCAAACUAAAGGUCUACAUCAUCUCCUGGCAGAAGAUGCUGCAGUUUGACGAACUCUUCAAGAGGGAGACGGGCAAGGACAGGUCAGUUAAACCUACAUGCUAG